GAAAGCUCAACUCAGUCCCUCUUAACUGCGGUUAUGAUGUAGCUCCAUCCAUAACUCCGUCGGCUCAUUCAGCAGACUUGGCCCAGCAUGGAAGCUAUAAAUACGGACCGCAAUCACCGUGGUGGAUGGUUCUUGGGUCCAUUACUUAGUAUCAAUUCCUGAUUCAAAGUUUUGUUUUAUAUAUACACUUUAAAAGUAUAUACUUCAACAUGUCCGAAAUUUUCUCGCCUGCCCCAGAGCCCUCCACUGAGCUGGGUCGCUACCGCGUCCUCUCUUCGACUGCGGGCAUCCGCGUGUCGCCACUGCAACUGGGUGCUAUGUCCAUUGGGGAUGCAUGGUCUCACUUUAUGGGAUCAAUGGACAAAGAGUCCUCAUUCAAGCUGUUGGAUGCCUUUGUCGAAGCCGGAGGCAAUUUCAUCGACACGGCCAACAACUACCAGAAUGAGCAAUCAGAAGCUUGGCUAGGCGAAUGGAUGACAGCCCGGAAGAAUCGUGAUCAACUUGUCCUUGCGACCAAAUUCACUACGGACUACAAGUCGUAUGCACUUGGAAAGGGCAACGCACCGAACCACUGCGGUAACCACCGCCGCAGUCUACACAUGAGCGUGCGCGACUCCCUGCGCAAGCUCCAAACAGACUGGAUCGAUAUUCUAUACCUUCACUGGUGGGAUCAUACCACCUCCAUUGAGGAAAUCAUGGACAGCCUUCACAUUUUGGUGGAACAGGGCAAAGUGCUCUACCUAGGAAUCUCGGAUUCCCCUGCGUGGGUUGUGAGUGCCGCCAACACCUACGCUCGAACCCAUGGUAAGACCCCCUUCAGUAUCUACCAGGGCCGGUGGAAUGUGAUGCUUCGUGAUUUCGAACGUGAGAUUAUCCCCAUGGCGCGCCAUUUUGGGAUGGCUCUGGCCCCUUGGGAUGUCCUCGGCGGAGGCAAAUUCCAAACCAAGAAGGCACUAGAGGAGCGGAAGAAGAAGAAUGAAGGAUUGCGAAGCAUGAUUGGCGAAGGUGGGCAGACCGAGGAUGAAGUUAAAAUGAGUGAAGCACUGGCCAAGGUUGCAUCAGAGCAUGGCAUUGAAUCUGUAACGGCUGUUGCUUUGGCCUAUGUCAUGCACAAAGCAACUAAUGUCUUCCCACUGGUUGGUGGCAGGAAGGUGGAACACCUACAUGACAAUAUUCAGGCUUUGAAGAUUAAGUUGACGCCGGAGCAAAUUGAAUACCUCGAGAGUGUCAGGCCACUGGAUGUCGGAUUCCCCAACAACUUCAUUGGACCCGACCCGAGGGUGACAGGCCGAGCAUCUGGAUUGCUGGCAGCAAACGCCCCGCUAGCCUUUGUGCCGGCAUCCAAGCCUAUCACCCCGGCAUGAGGAGUUUCUUAUUGUGAUUUGUACAGCGUCGGUGUUUAUGUUAAACUAAGAUUUGAAUGUGUAUGUUAC